AAAUCCGGGAACUCCAUUUCCGAUCCGAUCACGGGAGAAAGAUGUCAAAACUAGUUAAAGCAGGAAUUGGAAUGGCAAUUGCAACAGCUGCAGUUGGUUUUACUACCUACAGUCUUGGUUCGGCCAACAGAGACGAUAAGAAGAAGAAGACUUCAGAGAAAUGUGACGAUGAUGCCAGCUUAACAACAAUGGUCAUGGACAAAGCUAAGGAUACCAUGGAGACUGCUAAGGACACAAUCAAGGGAGCUGAACAAUCUCUGGAGAAGACGUUAAGUAGUGCUAAGAAUAUGAUUACAUCAGAAAAGAAGACUGAUGAACCUGCAGAGAAGACCUGGGUUCAGGAACAGCUCGGGAAGGUUCUACCAGAAAAAAAGGAUAAGGAUUCAUCAAAGACGGACGAGAAGAGUUUUUUUGAUAAUACUAUCGGAAGGGUUCUCCCAAAGAAAAGCGAUGACAAGUCUGAGUCUAAGAGCAACGAGAAAGGUUGGGUUCAGGGCACUCUUGAUUCCAUUCUUCCUGAGAAAAAGGAUGCCAAGUCUGAUUCUAAGACUGAAGAGCCAGGAUUGUUCCAGGAAACUAUGAAAAAGGUUCUACCUGAGAAGAAGGAUGAAAAGUCUGGAAAGAAGUCUGAAAAUGAGCCAGGAUUGUUCCAGGAUACAAUUGAGAAUUUGUAUUCUGAGAAGAAGGAGGACAAGUCUGCUUCUAAGAACGAGAAAGAGAAAGACUUUCCCAGAUUUUAAUUUUUUGUUCGAAAUAUUUAUUAGUUAAAUGUCUCCUAAAUACACAACGAUAAUGAAUUGAAUUUAAAUUA